UGCUGCUUUAGACAAACUGAUGCAGUGAGGAAGAAUAUCUGAAAUUAACAACUGAACCGUAUGAGAUGCGUUUAUUAGUGUUGAAGUCACGAAAUAGUUUGUAUAUUGAGGACUGACGUACAGCCAGACAAAUGAGUUUGCGUGCUUUGUGGAUUAUUUCUCACGACAAGGGUGAAAAUGUGUCACUGCGAUUUACAAGGAGGUUUGCAACCGUGGAGCACCGUGCAAAGAGCCUGGCAGGUUCCUCAUAUGUAGAAGUCCCAGAAGACAACACAGUGCUGCAGCUCCUGCUCACUGAGUUAGGGCUUUCAGACUCAGACAAACCCUAUGUAGCUCUCAGAGAUGAUUGCCUUCAUCGCCAGCGAUCGCCAGCCAUGGAGCUUCGUGUGGACGGUCCUGGAAAGGGCAUACUUUGGCCGGUGUUGGUCAUCUCACAAGGGCCUCUUACCCUAGCUUGCCUGCCUUUAGUGGAUGCCCCUGCUGAGCCACGGCCACCCCUUGCCAGCCUGCUGUCUGUCUCCCAGGGCCUCACACUCCUGGCAGGUCUGCAGACUUUUCUCCUCGGCUCUGGGGGUAAGCCUGAUAGCGAGGGGCUGGCCUCUCGCCUGGCGAUGCUGCCCUCUGUGCUCUUGCAGGUUUGUCCACUUGGCACACCCCUGGAUGUGCCACUACUGGGGGCACCUGCUACACCCACAGUGCCCACAACUGCUGGGAACCAGAAGCAGCCAGCCUGGAAGACGGGGCUCCACCGCGGUCGAGCUGUGGUGAAUGUAGCACUGAUAGAAACAGUGCGCUCCAUGCAGUAUGGAAACCUGAGCAGACAGGAUCUGUGGGAUGUUUAUGGCACUGUGACAUGCAAAUGUGAGGUGGAAGGGGUGCUCCCAAAUGUGACGGUAACACUCACACUGCCGCCAAAUGGUUCUCCACUACAGGACGUCCUGGUUCAUCCUUGUGUCACCUCACUGGAUUCUAGUAUCCUGACUGCCAGCAGCGUGGAUAACAGUGACGGCUCAGCUUUCUCUGGGCCAUAUAAGUUCCCCUUCUCUCCUCCUCUGGAGCCUUUCAGACUAUGCAGCUAUACAUCUCAGGUCCCCGUUCCCCCCAUCCUCGGCUCGUAUCAGCUGAGGGAAGAAGAGAACAAGCUGCGUGUGUCAGUAACCCUUAAACUUCACGAGAGUGUGAAGAACAGCUUUGAAUAUUGUGAAGCACACCUGCCAUUCUUUAACAGGGAUCAGAUGGGUGCUGUGGAUGUGAAGGUGAGCUCCGGACAACUGGAUGUUUCAAAGGAGAAGAACCUACUGGUCUGGGGUCUGGGACAAAAGUUUCCUAAAUGCCGUGAGGUCACAAUGGAGGGCAAGGUGAGCUUUUCUGGGUCGGCACCGGGACCUACUGACCCCCUCUGCACAGAACUUACAGCCUAUAUCAAAUUGUAUUUCAAAGUGCCUGACAUGACGCUCUCUGGCUGCAGUGUGGACCAGCAUUCAGUGCAGGUUUAUUCCUCUGCCAAACCACGGAUUAUAACAUCCCGAGAACUUCAAUCCAAAGAGUACUAUAUAUGGAAUUCAACAGGAAAUGCUCCGGUGUCCUCUGGCCAGAUGAUGCUGUAACACGAACAUAUUAAGAGCAGCUGGUUGGAAAGGUGCUCAGUUCACUGUACUGCAACAGGACUGAAGACUGUCGCACACAAACAGGAAUCCAGACCAGAUAUUUGACCACCAAAAAUGUCUUGUUACCACCUGUUGUUACUCCAGAGCUCACAAAUAAUAGAACAUUUAAAUAGCAGCCAAAAUAAGUGAUAGAUUUUACAUGUUACCCAACAUUUACAUGUAAAAGACUGAAUAAUUUUGUUUUCAUGUGCUAACUUUGACUGGCAGAAGUAUUGAUUCUGUUGAUGGACAGAUACUUUGGAAAAAAAAAACCUGCCCCUGUAGUCCAACUUCUUUUAUCCCUUCACCCUCCCUCAAAUUUAUCCCAUUGCAGACACAAGGGCCACCCCUCGCUUUGACAGUCCCACUUCAGUGACUCUCCAUCAGCCGGAUAAUUAGCAGCUGGGGCCUUGUCAUCAGCUGUUGUGGGCCUGGAGGAGAGGGGCGGCGGGGCUGUGAAAGGCCAGGCUGCUCUGGCCAGUGUCUUGGCUACAAAAGGCUCCUCUUUAGAGCUGGCAGGAGUCCUUGCCCCCUCCACCAAUCACCGCACCCCCACCCCUUUUGACCCCCAUCCCCGCCCUGUCAACUAGUGGCUAGUUCAAACACUCAACCUCUCCAGCCAGACUGUGAUUGAGCGCUGACCCUCUGGCCCUCUGAGAGUUUAAAGCAGCUGGUCCCAUUCAACGUGCAGGACCUGCCUAAUUGGUGAAAAAGUCACAAGGAUGAAAGUGUUUGGGCCAGCUCUUGAGAUUGUGUAGGUGCUUAAUUAAUCUGGAACUUUAAUUACAUUAUUUUGAUCUUUAUUGUCGUGAAACCUCCCUUUACAAUCAAUACUUAAUUAUAAAGAUAAUAUUUAAAGAAGGGCAUUUAGUUCUUGAUGUUUCUCACUUUUUACAUGAAUUCACUCGAACUAUGAUGAUUUUCGUAAUGUAACAUUUCUACUGUGAAAGCUCCACCUCUGUGUAUCAAGUUAGCUGAAUAACCAGCUGAAGAAGGGUUAAAUCAGAGGAGAUUGUGCCCCGCUAUUCCACAGCAGCCAGACUCCUCUGAGUGCCCUCAUUGUCUGCUGUUGGCCUCUUGUGCCCCUUGCUGGUCCAAAUGCUACAUUCUCACGUGGAUUUCCACUCAGAAGGCUGACCAUGACCAAUCCUCUGUCAAUUGGAACCAAUUGCUCACACGGCAUCCUUCACCUUCUUUUUAUGUAGCAGUACGGAGUGGCAGACACCGAGACCUCGCGGCUCUCCCCCUCCACGAUGAUUUGGCUUUAAGGCCCAGUGUGUAUGGCUAGCGAACUGGAAAAGGAGAAGUUUUUUUUGAGGAGUUGGGCCCACUCUAAAUCUCCUCAGUAUCCCAAUAUGUGGUCAGUCUGGCUCCUCAAGUCUGCAGUCAGUGGCCUCUCACUGGCAGACUUUGCUUUGUUGAUUGAACGGCUCGCUAAGUAGAUGGACUCGUUUUAAUGUGUUGCUCUGCUCCGGUGCCUCCAGCUCAUACCUUUGGGUCUUGGGUGUUUUUCAGAAUCAUUAUUAAUUUGUUCCAUCUUUGGUUACUCUUCUAUACGUGCACACAGGAGAGGGAUUAACACUUUUGUACGAUAAUCAAAAUUAAACUCACACAGGCUAAAUAAAUGUGUAAAAAGAAA